AUGGUGGAGGCAACUUCGUUCCAGGACAUCAUCACCCCUGUCCACAACCUCCUCCGCGCCGAAACUUCGACACCUUCCAUUGCCCCAUCGCUCACCUACUCUGACGAUUCGGACGAUCAAGAUGAGCUGCCGCAAGUGCCAGCCUCGCAGAACAGGCAGCGUCGCGCUUCUACGCGGCUGAUCGCUCAGAAUGCUCGCGACAUCCGAAGAAUUACUGGCGAAUCAACCGCCGAGUUCGUCCAGCGAUGCUGCGGCGGCGGCUGCUGCUUGAUGGGCGGCCGUCGUGCGGAUGUUGAAUAUGUAGACGUCAAGUGCCCUGACAACGAUGCCUUUCGGUCUCUCAACAUCAAAAUCAGCGAGUGCCCUGCGGUCUUGACCAAGACUGCACCACUUCCCAAGAAGACCGUGUCUUUCUCCCCCGUGCCCAAGCCUCAAUCUACCUCCAUCACCGACUCAGCCAUUUCUCUUGGCGAGCCAGUCGAGACUUCGGCUGUCGCCGGCACUAUUGCCGAGGCUGCAAUCACAGACACUUCCAUCGAACCCCCACGAUUUGUUCAGCCCCACCCACCCUAUCACGUCCACCCUGUCAGAAUAUGCGAUACUCGCGAACUGACAAAGUCUGGGGCUGAGAAGCGUACCUACCACUUCGAUCUUGAUAUCAGUGACUACCCUGAUGAGGAGGGUACCGACUUCAAGGUCGGUGGUGCCAUUGGCAUCAUGGCCCCCAACUCGGAAGCCGUGGUUGAGGAUAUUCUUGAUGCGCUCAUGGUCCCACGCUUUUUGCGAGAUAAGCCCGUCUUGAUGAAGACCACCAACGGUCGCUGGCCUACCGUGUGGGGAGAUGACACGCCAAGAGAGCUCGUGACUACCCGUCGCGACCUUUUAACUUGGUGUGUCGAUCUUCAAUCCUAUCCCCCAACCAAGGACAUUAUCCGCAUGCUGGCCGAACAUGCCACAGAACCCAGCGAGAAGCAAAUCCUGACGUACCUCUGCUCUGCUGAAGGCCAAGGAGUUUUCUGUGACAUGCGUACAGGCCCACACAUCAGCAUUUCUCAGCUCCUGCACGCAUUUCCUAGCUCGCACCCUCCAUUAGAUGACUUGCUUUCCGUUCUUCGCCAACUGAUGCCCCGAUUCUACUCGCUUUCCAACGACCCUCAUGAGGCCUACCAGAUGCGCGACAACAAGCAACACCGGCUCGUCGAGAUUGCAGUCACUGUUCAUGAGACAACUGACUGGCGCGACGGAAGCCGAACCGGAGUUGGGUCCGGGUUUUUCGAGAGGCAAGCCCGUAAAUUCAUCGAGGCAAAGAAGGCCGGAGUCAAGAGCCCCGAAAUUUAUGUGCCCAUGUUCAAGGGCCUGAUGGCGAACCCAUUGGCCAAGGAGUUCAAGGCUGACGGCCCCAUGCUUCUGAUCGGUGCCGGUGUCGGCAUUGCCCCGUUCCGAGGCUUCGUCCAGCGCCGGCUCAAGCAGGCGAACUGCGCCAACAAAGUCUGGGUGCUACAGGGUAUCCGCGACUCAUUGGUCGACGAAAUCUACAGUGGCGAGUGGGGUGUCCAUGAAGAAGAGGUCAAGCGGGUCGUGCAGAGCCGACGAGGUGAAGGCCGCUACGUCCAGGAGGAGGUGCGCAACCAGGCUGACCUUGUCUGGUCCAUCAUCAAUUCGGUUGACGGCCGCGUCUUUGUCUGUGGCAGUAGCAAAGGCAUGGGCGAAGGCGUCGAGGAAGCACUGAUUGAUGUCUCAAUUGCCAAGGGCAACCUGGAGCGUGAGGAGGCUCGCAAGUUCUGGGAUUUGAAGAAGGACGCGGGGCAGUACAUUGCUGAGACGUGGUAA